ACCCGGAAGUGGGCGAGGCGGCUCCAAGAUGGCGUCUCCUCCUCAGGGGGGCCCGAUGGCGAUCGCGAUGCGGCUCCGGAACCAGCUCCAGGCCGUCUACAAGAUGGACCCGCUACGGAACGAGGAGGAGGUGAAAGUGAAGAUGAAGGAGCUGAAUGAGCACAUUGUGUGCUUCCUUUGCGCGGGCUACUUCAUCGAUGCCACCACCAUCACGGAAUGCCUGCACACCUUCUGCAAGAGCUGCAUCGUGAAAUAUCUGCAGACCAGCAAGUACUGCCCCAUGUGCAGCACCAAGAUCCACGAGACACAGCCGCUCCUCAACCUGAAACUGGACCGCGUCAUGCAAGACAUUGUCUACAAGCUGGUGCCUGGCCUGCAGGAGAGCGAGGAGAAGAGGAUCCGAGAGUUCUACCAGUCCCGAGGCCUGGAGCGUGUCAGCCAGCCCAGCAACGAAGAUCCUGCCUCCGACCGCGUGGGGCUGCCCUAUACAGCCUUCGACCACUCGCGCGCUCACUACUACCGCUUUGAUGAGCACGUCCUGCUGUGCCUGGAGAAACAGAGCUCCGGCAAAGAGAAGCACAAGCACAUCCUGCAGCACAAAUACGUCCGCUGCUCGGUGCGGGCUCAGAUCCGCCACCUCCGCCGGGUUCUGUGCUGCCGCUUGGAGCUGGCCCUGCAACACGUGCAGGUCCUGUUUAACAACGAGGUGCUCCCAGAUCACAUGACGCUGAAGCAGCUGUGGCUUUCCCGCUGGUUUGGCAAGCCUGCCCCCCUCCUGCUGCACUACAGCGUGAAGGAGAAGAGGAGGUAGGGGGGAGCGAGUGACCUUCCCCUAGGGCAGCAGCCUCCACCCCCCCUCCCAACAACCGUAACCCCGACACUUUAAUUUAAGCCCCCUUUCUCUUCAAUAUGAGUUUAUUUUUGGAAUAAAAAUACUGAAAAUCA